AUGACCUGCACAUAUCGCCAGAGUUUUCUAGAAUCCGACGAUUUCUAUGCAUAUUCUCUUCAUUUUCUUUCAAUAUUCCAAGUUCCACUUCACAUUUUUGGCACCUACAUUGUAAUUUGGAAAACUCCUGUGCAUAUGGAACGAGUUAAGCUUUCAAUGCUCAUUUUACACUUAACGUUUGGGAAAUAAUCUUGAAGUACACUAAUUGGAUUUUUUUUCCAGAUUCGCAUGGCUCGAUGUAUACCUUACAAUUUUUAAGUAUUCCAGUUAUACUAUUUCCUAUUGUGUCAGGUUAUCCUCUGGGGUUGCUGUAUUAUCUAGGAUUUCCUAUAAGGAUGAUGGUGUACUUGGGGUUUACCUCUCUUUAUCGUAAAUUAAUUUAUUUUUUUAAAAGUUAAGUUCGGUAACAAAUAAUAUUUGCAGUCACAACUCCUGGAAUUAUAUUCUUCUUUGAAAAUCGCUACAACUAUCUAGUACGCACUGACGCUACACAUCGAAGUCGGAAAAUCAAACGAGCAAUUCACUAUUUCCUAACUUACCUUUUAUCGUUCCUAGCAUUCCUUCCAGCUGCACUAGAGGAGCCAGACCUUGCCAGAGCUCGUGAAUAUGCCCGCCAAAAACUUCCCUGUUAUCCCCCACAAAUAAUCAAUAGCCCUCGAUUUUUUAUAUUAGGAAAUGACACGACCCUCUUUCUAGCGGGUGUGAUCCCUUAUCUAAUCAUUGGUUGGAUUCAAAUCAUGACAUUCUUCAUUGGAACUUCUAGAUUUAUCUACAAAACCAAGGCCCAAUCCGAGAGGACUUCAAGUUUGCAGAAGCAAUUUUUCAAAGCCCUCUGUAUUCAAAUUACGAUCCCUAUAGUAAUUAUAAUGAUCCCCGGCGGAUAUGUAAUUUAUACAAGUGUUAGUGGUAAUUUCGACUCGGCUUUAACCCAUAUUUCAAUUAUUUGGAUUUCAACUCAUGGACUAUUUGCUACUGCUGUGAUGAUUGUGGUCCACAAGCCGUAUCGCCAGGCAACUCUGGAAGUGUUAAGACUUGCAAAACCUCAAGGAUCUUAUCAUAUUCGUGUUGUGCCUGUUUCUGCUUCGUAUAAUAUUGAUUGA